AUGCAGGCGGGUCCCGCCUACCCUACCGUUACCUACUUGGCUGGGCGGCAGGCUGUAGCUGAAUGCGCGGAAGUUUUACUAGGUAUCACCGGCAAGGACUUCACCUUGAUCGCUGCCUCCAAGGCUGCGAUGCGAGGAGCUACGGUUCUGAAAGCCGCCGACGACAAGACCCGAAGCCUGAACAAGCACACUCUGCUGGCAUUCUCCGGAGAGGCUGGAGAUACAAUCCAGUUCACAGAAUACAUCCAGGCGAACGCGCAGCUCUACUCGAUGCGGAACGAGGCGGACCUCUCACCAUCAGCCCUGGCGCACUUCGUUCGAGGCGAGCUCGCAUCAAGCCUAAGAUCGCGCAAGCCGUACAAUGUCAACCUGCUCCUGGGAGGAGUCGACCCCAUCACACACAAGCCUAGCCUGUACUGGCUGGACUACCUUGCUUCGCUAGCACCGCUCCCAUAUGCCGCACACGGCUACGCACAAUACUACUGCCUCUCCAUCCUCGACAAGCAUCACCACCCGGACAUCACCCUCGGCCAGGGCAUCAAGAUCCUGACAAUGUGCACGGACGAGCUCAAGAGACGGCUACCGAUAGACUUCAAGGGAAUGGUGGUCAAGGCGGUGACGAAGGAUGGCAUUGUGGACAUUGAGUUUGACGACGACAAGGUGGUCAAGGCUGCUUAG